CAGUGUGACACAUCAGUACGCACCUCAGAGGUUCCGACUACAAACACAGAACGGAUGGCGGGGGUUCCCCGGAGAAAGAAUCAUGUGGUGCAGAGCAGAAAGUCCAAAUAAGCUUGUUGGAGAUUUCCUUGGCACUGGACCCGUAAUCAGAAACAAGAUGAUAAAAAACUGGGGCGUGAUUGGCGGGAUAGCCGCUGCGUUUGCAGCUGGAGUGUACGUUUUGUGGGGCCCAUUCACUGAGAGAAAGAAGAGAAAGAGAGGUAUGGUUCCAGGUCUGUUGAACUUGGGCAACACCUGCUUCCUCAAUUCCUUGCUUCAGGGUUUGGCAGCAUGUCCGUCUUUCAUCAAGUGGCUGGAGAAGUUUUCAGGCUUGCCUUCAAUCCAGUCGUGCAAAGACAACCAGCUGUCCACAACGCUGCUCCAGCUCCUCAGAGCUUUGUCCAGUGAGGAUCCCGGAGAGGAAGACGUGCUUGAUGCUGGAUGUGUCCUGGAUGUCCUCAGACUGUACCGAUGGCACAUCAGCUCCUUUGAAGAGCAGGAUGCCCAUGAACUUUUCCAUGUUCUUACAUCUUCCCUGGAGGAGGAGCGAGACCGACAGCCUAAAGUCACACAUUUGUUUGACAUGCAGUCGCUGGAGAGUCUUCCUGAUCAUGAUGAGAAAACUAUGACCUGCAGAAGUCGAGCUCCUCUUCAUCCAAUACCAAGCUUGUGGAAGUUUCAGCAUCCUUUCCAUGGUCGUUUAACAAGCAACAUGUCCUGCAAGCGCUGCGAACUACAGAGUCCAGUGCGGUAUGAUUCAUUUGAAAGCCUCUCCCUCUCCAUCCCUCUGCCUCAGUGGGGUCGACUGAUCUCUUUGGACCAGUGUCUGCAGCAUUUUAUCUCCUCUGAAACCAUUAAAGAAGUGGAGUGUGAAAACUGCACUAAGCUUCAACAAGAUACCACAAUAAAUGGACAAAUUCUUGAGAGCCAGAGAACAACAUUUGUUAAGCAACUAAAACUGGGGAAGCUCCCUCAAUGCCUCUGCAUCCAUUUACAAAGACUAACGUGGUCCAGCGAAGGAACCCCCAUCAAGCGGCAGGAACACGUGCAGUUCUCAGAGUAUCUAUCCAUGGACCGCUACAAACACAAUCUCUCCGCUCAGCGCGCUCCUCAGGUCCGAUGUGCCUCAAAGAGCAUCAAGGCCGAACAUCUUGACGACUCCAUGGAGAAACUAACUGCCAACGGCACCAAUGCAGCACAUCACAACAACAACAAACCGUUUUCCAAUGGAACCUGCUCCUCUGUCUUUCUUCACUCUCCUGGUGUGAACCAACAGCUCGGUCUGUCGUGUGACUACAGGUCCACCGAGUACCUUUUCCAGCUCACGGCUGUGCUGGUUCACCACGGCGACAUGCACUCGGGACACUUCGUCACGUACCGCCGCAGCCCCGCCUCCCCGCGCUGCCCGUCGGCGUUCAGCGCCCAGUGGCUCUGGGUGUCGGACGACUCCGUGCGUAAAGCCAGCCUGCAGGAGGUGCUGUCUUCCAACGCGUACAUGCUCUUCUACGAGCGCGUCCGGAGGCCCAGCCUCAGCCUGCACUCAGAGGAGUAAGUGGGAAGCUCACGACCUGGAGGCAUUACUGACUUCUGCCUUUCCGGCAGCACUAACAGGAGGCUUUUGUUAACCAUGAGGCCAGGGAGGAAAGCCAUCCAAGAACUAGGAACACUCAUGGAUCGCCUCAACACGCUGGAAGUCAGCGUGACGUUGCGAACCUUUUCGAAGCUGCUCUUAUCACAGGAGGCCCCCCCCGAUCCCAAAGAUAACAGACCUGCAGGAUUUAUCUUCGACCGCGUCAGCUGCUCCACCCAUCUAACAACCUCCGUAACGUCACAGUUUGGUUGAUAAGCAGGAGCAUGGGACGGCACAAAGUGGACCACGGGAGAAACCCUGAAGUACACCGUUCAUGUCUGAAGCUUCUGUCAUUUAGUUGAAGCUGUAGCAAGUAUCGAUUCAGUUCUGUUGGAUUUUUAGGACGCUUCACUAUCAGAUACAUUUCAAAUACUGUAUUUUAAGUUGCUCCUGUUACCACGUCCGCUCCCUGUACAUUAGACACCAGAGUAGCCGUGUAGGACUUCUCGGAUGUUAUUUAAGAAUUGUUACAUAUUAUGAAAAAUCUAAAGAGUUGUAUUUUUCUGCAUCUGUUUCAACUAAUUUGCCUCCUCAUGCCUAGCAGUGUUAGGAAAACAGUGUAUUGGAACUAAUCUCUCAACAGUUGAGCUUGUGGAUUUGAUAGUUUGCUUUUCCCCAAUCAUCUCUACACUGUCAUGGUCUUGCGGAGCUAGUUGUGAUUCAAGUGCCAAGUUAUUUUUAUGAUCGACAUUUUUAAUGAAACCGCCAGUGCUACAAAUAAUGUGAGCAUCCAGCAACAACCCCCCCGCCUCUGGAAAUAUCAAGAUAUGGGUGUGAAAUAGAUCACCUGUAAUCUGUCCUUUGAUAAACCUUGAAUGUGGCUACAAAUUAUCCUGAAUAUUUUUGAUCCUGUGUAACUGAUGACUGCUGUUUUCCUACUGAGAUGAUCCGGUGCAGAGCCUGCUCAUGGUUUGUUUGCACUAAUGUAUAUUCAUGUGAGAUUGUUUGUAUUUGUGCAAUUUGUGAUUGUUUUCAGAUAAUAAAAAAAAUAAAGAUUUUCAU